CGCACGUAUCUGAAAUUAUAACAGAUUUUGUUUACAACAAAAAAUGCCGUUGAAAUAUUCGAUAGCAGUUUUGAUGCUGUUGGUUUGCUGUCUAACAGAGGUGUCAUCACGACCUAAUGAAUCGUCAGUAACUCAAGAUACUACUGACAAGGCAUCUUCUAAAGCUAUUGCUGACACAGAAGAUGGAUCUAUUUCUUAUCAAGCAGAUUCAAAUAUAAAUAUUAAAGAAGAUAGUACAAAAGAUAUUGUUGAAAAAAUUAAAACUAUAAAUAGUUUUCUAAAUAAACCGUCUCGGGGUCAAUUCAAUUUAAACAAGCCUUACAGCGAUAAACCCAACGGUAUCGAUAGAGAAACUCUAGAAAAAAUUCAAAAAAUUAUAGCGUCAGCAAAACCAUCAAAACAGACACUCGAGGAUCAGAAACAAAACAACUUUCUCACCGAAGAUGAUGAUCGAAAUUAUUAUUCAAGAUCUUCAAAACUAACACCUAAUAUUUAUUUUCCAAACCCAAUGAUUCCUUAUAUAUCAAACCCAUAUACAAUGAAUGUACCAGUUGUUUCCCCACCUUCUUAUAAUGAAAUACUUAAUGGAUAUGCUACAAAUAAUAAUUUGAAAUCCUAUUCAAAUGAGAUAUAUCAAACUAGACAGCAGCAGCCAUUAUUUCCAGGGUUUCCAUCAUUUCCGACAUUCUCAUCGUUUCCAUCUUUCUCACUAGAUAGUUUUCAACCAUUUGCUCAAUACUUUCCUGUUUUGAUAAAGAAUCCUUUGGUUGCCUUUAGUCAAGGUGGUGGUUUGAAUAAUUUAAUUGAAUAUGGACAAAACGCUGAUGUGUGCACCAGAAAACAAAAAUCGCCUACUGACAAAAAUGAGAAAGAUAUUGAGAAUUUAAAAGAACCAUAUACUACUGCUAAAAAUAACAACUAUGCUGAUAUUAAUAGCGAUAAUACGAUUUCCGAGAAGAAAACAAUUUCGAGAAAAUCUCGUGAACUAAAAAAGCGAACUGUUUCUACGAAAGCACCAGAACAAGAAAUCGAAGAAAGUGAAACUGGUAAAAAAAUUUACCCAUCAAAACCAAGCAUUACUCGCAAACCAAGUAAAAGACCUUCGCUUGUUGAAUCAACUGAUGAUUUUAAGAAUAGUGAUCCUGAAGGUGAUCUACGUUUUCCCUUUGCAAGUGAUUUUACUUGGUUUUGGAACAAAAAGCCUGUUGCACCGAGUCCUGGCUUCUUUAUAAAUAAACUUAAAGUACGUAAAGGUGGAGUAGCUAUUGCUGGUCCAGGUGGUAUAGCAACAGCUGGUAAAGGCGGUACGGCCAUUGUUGGUCCAGGUGGACUAGCUUAUACUAAACCAGGUGGUUUAGCCAUAGCUGGACCUCAUGCUCGAGUUGUAGCCUUAUCACCUUACUCUGAUCUCUUUUCCUCAAUAUCUCGACCUCAACACCAGGGAUACGAUUUCAGAGCGUUAGAAUCUAUAAGAGAAGGAAAAAUAGUUGCAACUGGUCCUGUUAUUUAUUAUCAUCCCAUCGAACAAUACUACAAUCCCGUUAUGAAGAACAAGCAUCAGGGCAAAGCAACUGAAGUUUUCUAUUACGAUGGUGAAAAUUUCGUUGAUCAACUUUCGCAAGAUCCUACAUUUGUAUUUCACAUUAAUCCACGAGCGUUUGCAAUGAGUGGAGAAAAUGGUGUUGCUAUAUCUAAUCCAAUAUCAAAUGUGGUGAUACGUAAAGGUGAACCAGGGUCAAUUAUACAUACCCCAAGAGCAACUGCUGUAGCUGGACCGGGAGGUAUCGCCCAUGCAGAAGCUAUACAAUACAUCCCUUUUUAUGGAGGCGCAAAAGGCCAAUAUUUAGAAGUGAAGAAAGAUACAACAGGAUCAAUUCUUAGCGAGAAAGUAGUGGCUGAAGAGAGUAUAAGUAAUGAAAACAUAGUCAAAAACAAGGAUGAAAGUCUGCUGUCCAAAGUAUUAGCUGCAAAUUUACAGAGCCUUAAAACUCUAUCGAAUAAUUUACUGAAAAUACACAAUAUAGGACGAAAAACUGGCCGUUUAGGUAAUCAAGAAAAAAAUAGAUUCAAGGGUCAACUAUUUUCAUUAGGGGAAGCUGCUUCUAAUACUAUUAAAUUGAUCGAUGAAAUAGGAGAUGAUGUUGACGUUCUGUUUAAAAAAAAUGCAAGCCUCACAAGAAAAUACGACGACGCAUAUGACGAUGAUGUUGGCGAAGAAGGCAUCAGCAUCGACUCUCCAAUGGAUACCGGUGAAUCUUAUCUCGAGGGCACCAUAAUUGCUGAAGCGAAGCCUGUUGGUUUGGCAGUGAUUGGUGAAACUGGAUUAGCCGCUUCCCGGCCAAUGGCAACAGCGGUGGCGGCCUCUGGUGUCGCUAUUGCUCGCCCAAUUGGAACAGCUAUAGCUGGUUUCGACCCUAGUCUACUUGGUUUCGACUACCACGUCAACCACUCUGAGCAGAAAGUUAAAUACAAGGGUCAAUCCUAUUAAUAA